AUGUCGACAACCGUGGAGAAGAUCAAACAAAUCGAGGACGAGAUGGCUCGGACUCAGAAGAACAAGGCGACGAAUGCUCAUUUGGGUCUAUUGAAAGCUAAGCUUGCGAAGCUAAAACGAGAACUUUUGACACCGACCAGCGGUGGUGGUGGCGGUGGUGCUGGCUUCGAUGUUGCUCGUACUGGUGUCGCCAGUGUUGGUUUCAUCGGGUUUCCUUCCGUCGGCAAGAGUACCCUGAUGAGCAAAUUGACUGGUCAACACUCUGAGGCUGCGGCGUACGAGUUCACAACCUUGACGACUGUUCCGGGCCAGGUGAUGUACAACGGCGCGAAGAUUCAGAUCCUCGAUCUUCCUGGUAUUAUUCAGGGUGCAAAGGAUGGCAAGGGUCGUGGUCGUCAGGUCAUUGCAGUGGCCAAGACUUGUCAUCUUAUCUUCAUCGUCCUCGAUGUCAACAAACCGCUGCACGACAAAAAGAUCAUCGAGAACGAGUUGGAAGGGUUCGGUAUCAGAAUUAACAAACAGCCACCAAACAUUGUCUUCAAGAAGAAGGACAAGGGUGGUCUCGCAGUCACCAGCACCGUUCCCUUGACGCAUAUUGAUCAUGACGAAAUCAAAGCUGUGAUGAGCGAAUACAAGAUUUCCUCUGCGGAUAUUUCUAUCAGAUGUGACGCAACAAUUGACGAUCUCAUCGAUGUCCUCGAGGCCAGAAGUCGAAGCUAUAUCCCGGUAAUCUACGCCUUGAACAAGAUUGAUUCCAUCUCAAUCGAGGAGUUGGAUCUCCUGUAUCGAAUUCCCAAUGCCGUGCCCAUCAGCUCCGAACAUGGCUGGAACAUCGACGAGCUUCUGGAGCAUAUGUGGGAAAAACUCAACCUUCGGCGCGUCUACACUAAGCCUAAGGGAAGAGCGCCUGACUACACGGCUCCCGUCGUGCUCAGAGCCAACGCGUGCACCAUUGAGGACUUUUGUAACUCCAUCCACAGAUCGAUCCGGGAUCAAUUCAAGGUGGCAAUCGUUUACGGCCGCUCCGUUAAGCACCAACCUCAGCGCGUCGGUUUGUCGCACGAGUUGGCAGAUGAAGAUAUCGGUUCGUACUCUCUCAUUGCCCCUUGA